CUCCUCUUCCACUCCUGCUCGCCAUGUCGCACCUCGACUUGGACGACCUCGACGUGCAAAUUGCACAACUCGAGGCACUCAAGAAAGCACGUCUUGCUAAAGCUGAGGCAGAGGCGCGCGAGCGUGACAGAGAGGCAGCAAAAGUCCUCAUCCAGAGCACUCCCACCAAGGCGAAGCCAUCGGCGAUUGAUUAUGAGCUUCCAGAAGCCCCCUCACAGCCCAAGUUCUCCUCCGCGCGCGCGGGACCAUCUCGCCCCCAGAACGUGUCGCUUCCUUCGCUGCCCUCGUCACAGAGCAAUUUUGCCGCUGCCCUUGCACGGCGACGUACAGAUGACGGCGAAGAGCGCAUUGAGCACCAUACUGCGCCCACUGGGCUCCGUAUAGGACCCGGAGAGUUCGGGCUCGACCCCGACGGCGGGGCCGAGUGGCGAGCACUCGAGCCCAACUCUGGGAUCCGCUUGUCAAAGCGGGCCAUGCCCCAUGCCGAGGUUCAAGACCUCCUACGGAGACGAUACUACCUCGACCCAUUGCGCGUGUACUCGCUUGCUCGUCUGAAUCGUGACGGCGCGACGUACAAUGUGCCGGUGAACAAGGAGUGGGCGACGAUCGCGGUCGUCGCCGAGCGCAGCGAUGUGCGUGCGAGCGGGGGAAAGGCAGGAGACGCAGGGGACGACGUUGACUUUGAGGAGCAGGAGGAAAUUCGGCGCCCAUCAAAGACGGCUUCCAAGGGGAAGGGGAAGGCCAAGGCCAAGGCCCAGGUCUACGAGAAGCGAGCACCACGCAAGUACAUCAGCAUCACACUUGUCUCGCUCCCGUCCCGGUCGCGGAGCGGUAAGGCUGAAGGUGACGCGCGCUUCCAGCUCCUCCUCUUUGAGGCCGACGUGACACAUCGCAAAGGCGGCGAACCGUCAUAUCGUGGUGGCUCCGGCGGCGCCUAUGAGAAGUGGUCAAACUUGGCUGUGGGCAGCGUCAUCGCCAUUGUCAACCCCCGUAUCCUCCGUCCCCUUAAGUCUGGUGCUACUCCUCAUCCCCUCUCCCUCCCUCUUGCACUUAACCCGACAUCUGCGACUUCCAUCACGUACAUCGGGCAUGCGCAAGAUGUAGGCCGCUGUGCAGCGCGCAAGCGCGACGGCACGCAGUGCAGCACAUGGGUCGAUACGCGACAAGACGACUUGUGCGAGCAUCAUCAAGUGGAGGAACUGAAGCGCGGGCGCGCGGGCCGCGGCGAGCUCGCCUCCGCCACGUCGGCGCUGGAAGGCAUGUAUCGGUCCGACAACCGUGCCGGUGUCCGCGCCACUCCGCGCGGCGAGGACAGCGGCGCGACAUACGUCCUCGGCGCAGGCAAGGUCGUGCGCACAGGCCAGCGUGGCCCCGCGCCCGUGCAAGCACCAUCGGCGAAGCGGCGGCGCGAAGAGCAGGCCGCGGCGCGCGCGUCGCUCGCCCGCAUUCUUGAGCGCACGGACGAUAACUCGCCCGGCGCGAAGUAUUUGCGUGCAGCCGAGGCGGAGCGCGGGCGCGCCAAGGCGGGCGCGGGGGAGGUGGGGGAAGCAGCGCCCGCGCGGCGCCAGGUUUUCUCGCCUGCCGCGAUCACCGCUAUUGGUUUCGACCCGAGCCGCCAGCCAGAGCAGUCGGCUCGGCGCGCGGCCCUCAUUGCGUCGCUUAGGAAGCCGGUGGAUCGCACCGCGCUGAACAAGAGACACAAGACGUGCCGGGAUCCCAGCCCGGAUAUGAUCGAUCUCGAUUAAUGUGCAUGUUUGUAUUUGUGUAGCUCUGGAGGUGCAUAUUUAUGUGUAUCG